UUAUAGAAUAUUCAUAUCUUGUUAUCUUGCCAAACUGACAUUAAGACCAAAAUCGAAAUUUAUUCGUUUUAUCCAACUCAUUCAAAAGAAAAUUGUUGUUAAUUAUGUGGAUAUUUUAAUAACAAUGGCAGCCGAAAUUAAACCAGCAACACAAUCAAACGAUAGAUUUUGUACCACAAAAAAACCCGCCCUCUUAGCGAAAUUAGAAGGGUGUACCGAUGAAAUUAAUGCCGCUGUUUUAAUUCCAGGAGAAGAAGGAGUUAUCAGCGUAUCUGAUGAUAAAACUGUUCGAGUUUGGCUGAAAAGGGACUCUGGACAAUAUUGGCCAAGUAUUUGUCAAUAUAUGCCCAGUGGGGCAACUUCUGUUUAUUAUACUAUAGAAACAAGACAACUCUUCAUUGGCCAAGAAAAUGGUACUGUUUCUGAGUACUCCCUUGCCUCAGAUUUCAAUCGGAUGAUGCUUACGAAAGAAUAUCUAGUCCAUCAAGCUAGAGUAACUGAAAUAAUUUUCUCAUUAGAAUGUGAAUGGGUUCUCAGUGUUGGUAGGGACAAAGUAUUCUCUUUUGAAUGUACCCAAACUGGAAGAAACUUGGGAACAUUUACUUCAGAAGCAUGGUGUACAUCACUUCAAUUUGAUACACAAAGCAAACAUGCAUUUGUUGGGGAUUAUUCUGGCACCAUAACUAUGUUGAAAUUAGAAAAUGAUGGUUUAUCUGUAAUAACAACAUUUAAAGGACAUUCUGGCUCUGUACGUUCUCUUGCAUGGGAUUUGGAAAGAAGUAUGCUGUUUAGUGGUUCUUUUGAUAAAACUGUUAUUGUAUGGGAUAUUGGCGGGCAACAAGGACAUGCAUAUGAGCUCCAGGGACAUCAUAAUAAGGUUUCUGCAUUAUAUUAUUUGAAUACUACUAAACAACUAGUGAGUGCAGGUGAAGAUGGAGUCAUUGUUUUCUGGGAAAUGGGUCAGGAAAGAAAAGAAACUCCUGAAUGGGUUGAGUCGGACUUGUGCCAACUCUGUGGUCGUCCAUUCUUCUGGAAUCUCAGGGCUAUGAUGGACCAAAGACAAUUAGGUCUAAGACAGCACCAUUGCAGGCAUUGUGGUAAAGCUGUUUGCGAAAAAUGUUCUGCCGGAAGACUUACUAUUCCAGCGAUGGGUUUCGAAUUCCCUAUUAGAGUUUGUGAUCCUUGUCACAAUAAUCUGAAAGAUAAAGAGCGACCAUCUAUGGCUACAUUCCAUGACGCCAAACAUGCUAUCGUUUCAAUGACCAUAGACCAAACCACAAAAAAAUUACUUUCUGUUGGUCAAGAUCGUAUUAUCAAAGUUUGGGAUAUAUCCCCAUUGUUUUGAAUCAAUUGAUUCCUUAACACUUGAAAUGUGAUUUAUAAUCUUUCAUGUGCUUUGAUUUAUAUUUGUAAAGAAAUAAUGUUAUAUUUAUGUUAUAAGCCUUAUAGUUUUUUGAAUAUGAUGCCUCAUCAUAAAUUGUACUAACUUCAUUCUGGAAAACGAAUUAAUAUAGAAAUGAUGAGUUAUCUGUUAGAAUUAUUGAAACUGUUUUUUUAUAUGUAGUGUCUAUCAAGAGAGUUAUUAAAGCAAAAUCAACUCUA